UAGAAAAGAAUGAUGAAUAUAUUAUUCUUUUUUAUGUGCUUGUGUUUAGUGAUCAGUCAUUAUGUUCAUGGUAUUCAAGAUACCUUGAAGGAAGAUUUGGAGUUUGAGGCAACACCAAACCUCAUUAAUAAGACUCCAAUCAAAUCUAUUUAUACAGACUUUGAAGAAAUUAUUGAUUGCAUUGACAUUUACAAACAACCAGCCUUCAACCACCCUUUACUAAAAAAUCAUAAAUUGCAGAUAAAACCCAACUUUAAAAAUUUAAUUGAAAAAACAUUUGUGAAUAAUUCACAAAUUGGAUCCACGUUUGGGUUUGAUAAGGAAGAAUGUCCACGAGGAACAAUUCCUAUACAAAGAGCGAAAUAUAAUCUCUCUGAAGAAAAAAUAUUAAAUGAUAUAUUGGUUAAAGACAUUCCAGGUGUUCAUGUCGCAGAAAUAUCUAUGCUACAGAGGUAUGCUCCUUUUUAUAAAGUUAGUGGAAUAAGUAGCAUUUAUAAUCCAAAAGUUGAGAAAGGUCAAAUCUCUAUGAGUCAUAUAUGGGUUGAGAAUGGACCUGUUGAAUCUUCCAACAGAAUAACUGUGGGGUGGCAUGUACUUCCAAAAAUAUAUGGUGAUUCAAGAACCCACUUUUAUAUAUCAUGGACGUCAGAUAAUUUCAAGAAGACUGGAUGCUACAAUACUGCAUGUCGAGGUUUUGUUCAAGUUGACACUAAGAAUUUUCCAGGUGGAUAUUUUCCUCAAACAUCUAUCUAUGGUGGACCAACUUAUGAGGUUUACUUGGCUAUUACUCAGGAUCCAAAGACAAAAAAUUGGUGGAUAAGUGCAGGAAAUGUAAGCAUUGGAUAUUAUCCAGCAAGACUAUUCUCGAACUUAGGGUCGGCAUCCAUUGUAGGAUGGGGUGGGAGAACGAAAGCUAAUGUUGGUGGUCUUAGUCCUCCAAUGGGAUCUGGGCACAUUCCUGAUGGGAACAAGGACCAUGCAUCUUAUUUUAGAUCUCCCAGGAUUCAACUUGCAUCAAGACAUGAUUAUACACCUGAGUAUAUUAUGACCAAAGGCUUCUCUGACAACACUAAAUGUUAUGGUGUUUCUAAAGAUUAUGAGGUUGAAUAUGAAGGUGUUCUCGAGUUUGGAGGACCUGGAGGCAAAUGUGGAAUUUAAUUUUUUUUGUAUGGGGUUUUUGAAUUUAAUAUUAAUAAUCUUUUUUUAGUAUAAUUUAUUUUUCUAUCA